AUGUCUUCCCAAACCGAGAUGAAGACUAAAUCUACGAGUUUCUCCCCCCGAAUGUCGAGAAAACCUCCCUUCACAGCAGAAGCACAAGGGAUCCCACAGGUUCCGGGUGAAACUAUCCCUCGUCGUAACGUCCGAUAUCCAGACCUUCUUUCCCAACCAGAAUCGGGCAUCGAGACUGUGUUCGAUAUCAUACAACAGAGCUCUCGUCGUUUUGGCGAUGCACGAGCGCUGGGGUCUAGAAAACUUAUCAAGAAACAUGAGGAGACGAAAAAGAUAAAGAAGAUCAUCAAUGGACACACACAGGAGGUAGAUAAAGUACGGACUUAUUUUGAGAUGAGUGGGUAUGAAUAUCUAAGUUUCAAGGAGUAUGAAGCUACGGUACUGAGUGUGGGAGCGGGUUUGAGGAAACUUGGAUUGGUUAAGGAUGAUCGGGUUCAUCUCUUUGCCACAACAAGUUCCCACUGGCUGUCAAUUGCUCAUGGUUCCAUGUCUCAAUCCAUGCCUAUCGUCACUGCAUACGAUACUCUUGGUGUCGAAGGACUCCGGCAUUCUCUCAUACAAACGAAAGCUAAGGCUAUAUUCUUAGAACCACAACUUCUGAGAACUCUACUUGAUUCUCUUGAAGACUUGAAGCACAUCGAAUACGUGAUAUAUAACACAGACGGUGAUACAGAACUCUCAUUGUCAAGUAUCAAAGAAUUGAAGAAGAGCCACAGUCACCUGACGCUUUUGAGCUAUGAUGAGCUCAUAGAUUUGGGCCAUUUACAUCCCGUCGAAGCUGUGCCGCCCAAACCUGAAGAUCUAUGUUGCAUUAUGUACACAUCUGGAUCAAGUGGUACACCAAAAGGGGUCUCGCUGAAGCAUAAAAACGUUGUGGCUGCCAUUGCUGGAGCAAAUAGUAUUGUUGGCGACUAUCUAGGUCCCUCAGAUACACUGUUAGCAUACCUUCCCCUCGCUCAUAUCUUCGAAUUCGUAUUUGAAAACGCAUGUCUCUACUGGGGUGCCCUAAUGGGUUAUGGCCAUCCCCGAACUCUUUCCGAAACCUCCAUGAAGAAUUGCAAAGGUGAUAUCCUCGAAUUGAAACCCACACUUCUAGUGGGCGUACCAUCCGUUUGGGAGACUGUCAAAAAAGGUGUAAUUGCCAAUGUGAACAAAGGUGGUCCAGUUGUCCGUAGCUUGUUCUGGAGUGCUUUCUACUCGAAACGUUUGCUAUCCUCAAGCGGCCUACCCGGAUCUAGUAUUUUGGAUACUGUUGUAUUUAACAAAGUCAAACAAGCGACUGGUGGACGGUUGAGAUUCUGCAUGAAUGGUGCUGGUCCCAUAUCUCAACAAACCCAAGAAUUCAUCUCUCACACCAUCACACCCAUGAUAUCUGGGUAUGGAUCCACAGAGACUGCCGCCAUGGGCGCAAUAUGCGACCCCCUUUCCUUUACCCUCCAAGCUGGUGAUAUCCCUGCCUGUAUCGAGAUAAAACUCGUCGACUUUCCCGACGCGGGAUACUUCGCUACUAACACUCCUCCACAAGGAGAAAUCUGGAUUCGAGGGCCUAGCGUCAUGUCCGAAUACUAUGAUAAUGUUGUCGAGACAGCCGAAGCGCUUACCUCAGAUGGAUGGUUCAAAACUGGGGAUAUCGGGGAGUGGGAUAAAAACGGACACUUGAAGAUCAUUGACCGCAAAAAGAACCUAGUAAAAACGAUGAACGGAGAGUACAUUGCUUUGGAGAAGCUAGAAUCAGUCUAUCGAUCCGCAACUAUAGUAGCGAAUAUAUGCAUUUACGCCUCGAUCUCCGAGACUCAUCCUAUCGCGAUUGUCGUUCCAGCCGAGCCGGCCCUCAAAAAGCUCGCUGAGUCAAUCGGUGUAGAAGGUCAUGGCAUCGGUGAUUUAGUGCACAAUGAAUCUAUUAAUCGAGAAGUAUUGAAGCAAAUGCAGACUGUAGGAAAGAGAGCAGGGCUAGCUGGUAUGGAGAUCAUUAAGGGUGUUGUUUUGGCUGAUGAAGAGUGGACAACGGUCAAUAAACUAGUAACAGCGACCAUGAAACUCAAUCGAAAAGCAAUUUUCGAGAGAUACGAGAAAGAUAUCAAUGUAGCGUAUGGGAAAUGAACGCUCUCGACUAAGGCGAUUAGAGGUGAAGAUGGAAUUUGGCAUGCCAAGAGAUGGGACGAAACACGA